AAUUUAUAAUGUAGCAAAAAAUAAAGAUGAAUUGGUAAUAUUAAAAACAUUCCAGUCUGCUAAUAUAAUUAUUCCAACAUUAUCGACUGAACUGCCAAUUUCCCCUAAAGAUAAACUUACAACAGCGAUAGAAAAUACUGAUAGGACAUAUAAUAUUAAACAAUAUCAUGAAAAUAUGAAAGGAUGA